AUGUGCAAACCAAUCAUAAUACCAGAGGCAGUGAUGAAAGAGGCUCCUAGGUUACCUGGUCAAGCAGUUGAUGACAUUCUAGAUGCCCUGUCUUCACCAGAGAAAUCUAUGAUUUCUGUAAAAGGAAGAAUCUCAAAGGUGUAUUUACCAACUAACAAGAAUGAUGUGAUGUUAAAGGACAUAUCUGGUAAAAUAAAAGUAGCCGUGUGGGAUAAGAUGGUGGGGACUUUGGACAAAGGCCAUCUUGUUGAACUGUCCAAGUGUAGGGUGAAACUCUUUCAAGCAGAAAAGAAGUUGACAACAACAUCUGCAACUACUGCUGUGUUGUUCACAAGUGAGGAUCCUCAGUUCGAUGUCUCAGAAGUUGAGCUGAAUGAAGAUGAACCUCACCAGUCCAUGGUUGACAUGCCGUCAGGUACAAUUGAAGCUAUCUUUGAUGUUGAUCCGUACUUGUCCUGCCCAAAGGCCAGUUGUAACAAUACUAAGUUGACAACAGUUCAGGAGGAUGCUGACGAGGUACUCAAGAUGCUUUGCAAAUCUUGCAAAGGAAUCUUUAGAGGAGGGGCUUCAAACAGUUAUAUGAGGGCAACAGUUUUAUUGGUAACUGGAAGUGAACAGAAAAAAGUCACAUUGUUUAGCCCUCAAAUUAAAAAGCUAUUUGAAUCAAGAGGGUUGGACUCAAAAAUCGAAUGGGACAAAAUGAAAAUGAUCACAAAAUUCAUGGAUGUUAUUCCAAUUGAGAUCAAAUACAGUCUAAGGAAUAACACAGUUUCAAAACUUGUGUGCAAGCGAAUAUGUCAGUAACUUCCAUAUUUUAUUUUGUAACUUGAAGUGACACGCCUAUAAUGAAUAUUAUUUCCUUGCUGUACUUAUCAAUUGAUUAAUGAAUAUUUUGUCUAAAAGAUACAACAGUUAUUUUUUCAAUGCAAUUUUA